UUGCUUCCAAAAUCCGUUACCUUCAGGAAUACCACAACCGGGUUCUCCACAAUAUUUACCCUGUACCCUCUGGAACUGACAUUGCAAAUACUCUGAAAUACUUUUCUCAGACGUUAUUGAGCAUUUUGUCCCGCACAGGGAAGAAGGAGAAUCAAGAUGCCUCCAAUUUGACAGUGCCCAUGACCAUGUGUCUUUUUCCUGUGCCAUUCCCACUCACCCCAUCUCUAAGACCACAGGUCAGUUCCAUCAACCCUACUGUUACUCGCUCCCUCCUUUACAGCGUCCUGCGAGAUGCUCCAUCUGAACGUGGCCAGCAAAGUCGCGAUGCUCAGUUAUCAGACUACCCAUCUUUGGACUAUCAAGGACUUUACGUGACACUGGUGACACUGCUGGAUCUAGUUCCCUUGCUACAACAUGGUCAACAUGAUCUUGGGCAAUCAAUUUUUUACACUACUACAUGCUUACUUCCUUUUCUCAGUGAUGAUAUUUUGAGUACUUUACCCUAUACAAUGAUUUCAACACUAGCUACCUUUCCUCCAUUUCUGCACAAGGAUAUUAUAGAGUAUCUCAGCACCUCUUUUCUACCUAUGGCUAUAUUGGGAUCCUCAAAAAGAGAAGGUGUUCCAGCACAUGUCAAUCUGUCUGCAUCAUCAAUGCUAAUGAUUGCAAUGCAGUACACAUCAAACCCAGUGUAUCACUGCCAAUUGUUGGAAUGUCUCAUGAAAUAUAAGCAAGAAGUAUGGAAAGAUUUGCUAUAUGUGAUAGCCUAUGGACCAUCUCAAGUUAAACCUCCAGCAGUACAAAUGUUAUUUCACUAUUGGCCCAAUUUAAAACCCCCUGGGGCAAUCAGUGAGUACAGAGGACUGCAGUACACAGCCUGGAAUCCUAUUCAUUGCCAGCACAUUGAAUGCCAUAAUGCAAUUAACAAACCAGCUGUGAAGAUGUGCAUUGACCCAUCCUUGUCUGUGGCUUUGGGUGAUAAGCCACCUCCCCUAUAUCUCUGUGAAGAAUGCAGCCAGAGAAUUGCAGGGGAUCACAGUGAGUGGUUGAUUGAUGUUCUUCUGCCACAAGCUGAAAUUUCUGCUAUAUGUCAGAAGAAGAACUGUAGUUCACACGUCAGAAGAGCUGUUGUCACGUGCUUCUCAGCGGGCUGCUGUGGCCGCCAUGGCAACAGGCCAGUGCGCUACUGCAAGAGAUGCCACUCGAAUCACCACAGCAGCGAAGUUGGGGCAGCUGCAGAAACCCACCUGUAUCAGACCUCACCCCCUCCUAUCAACACCCGGGAGUGUGGGGCAGAGGAACUCGUGUGUACUGUGGAAGCUGUGAUCAGCUUGCUGAAGGAAGCAGAGUUUCAUGCUGAGCAGAGGGAGCAUGAACUCAACCGCAGGAGACAGAUGGGCCUCUCCUCUUCCCAUCACUCCCUGGACAACACAGACUUUGAUAAUAAAGAUGAUGACAAGCAUGACCAACGCCUCCUGAGCCAGUUUGGAAUAUGGUUCUUGGUGAGCCUUUGCACUCCCAGUGAGAAUACACCCACAGAGAGUUUAGCAAGGCUGGUUAGCAUGGUAUUCCAAUGGUUUCACUCUACAGCUUACAUGAUGGAUGAUGAAGUUGGUAGCUUGGUUGAAAAGCUCAAACCUCAGUUUGUUACUAAGUGGUUGAAGACUGUUUGUGAUGUCCGUUUUGAUGUCAUGGUUAUGUGCCUCCUUCCUAAACCAAUGGAGUUUGCCAGGGUUGGCGGAUACUGGGACAAAUCGUGUAGUGCUGUAACCCAGUUAAAAGAAGGGCUAAAUCGAAUCCUUUGCUUGAUUCCAUAUAAUGUGAUAAACCAGUCAGUGUGGGAAUGUAUCAUGCCAGAAUGGUUGGAAGCUAUAAGGACAGAAGUGCCUGACAAUCAACUGAAAGAGUUUCGGGAAGUACUGAGCAAAAUGUUUGACACUGAACUUUGUCCUCUCCCUUUCUCCAUGGAGGAGAUGUUUGGCUUUAUUAGUUGUCGAUUCACAGGAUAUCCAUCCUCUGUGCAAGAGCAAGCAUUACUCUGGCUGCAUGUGUUGUCUGAACUUGACAUUGUUGUACCUCUUCAGUUACUAAUCAGCAUGUUUUCUGAUGGAGUUAAUUCUGUAAAAGAGUUAGCAAAUCAAAGAAAAUCGAGAGUCAGUGAACUGGCAGGAAAUCUUGCAGCUCGGAGGGUGAGCGUUGCUUCUGACCCUGGGCGCAGAGUUCAGAACAACAUGCUGAGUCCUUACCCAAGCCCCUUCCAGAGCCCAUUCCGGAGUCCAAUACGUAGUCCUUUUCACAGCCCUUUCAAGAACUUCGGACACCCUAGUGGAAAAACAAUUGAUUUUGACUGUGAAGAUGAAGAAAUGAAUCUUAAUUGCUUCAUUCUGAUGUUUGAUCUCAUACUGAAACAGAUGGAACUCCAGGAUGAUGGUGUCACUUUGGGCUUAGAGAACAGCAUUUCAAAAGAUAUAAUAUCCAUCAUAAACAAUGUAUUUCAGGCACCCUGGGGUGGUUCUCACACCUGUCAGAAAGAUGAAAAAGCAGUUGAAUGUGGCCUGUGCCAGUCCAGCAUUCUGUGUUACCAGCUGGGUUUUGAGCUGCUGGAACAGCUUGCUCCAAAGGAAGAAAUUAGGCUUGUGGAGCCCACAGAUAACCUCGAAGAUAGUCUUCUGUAUACUAGACCUGAGUUUAUUAUAGGAACUGAAGGAGAAGAGGAAGACAAAUCAGCACCAAAACAUGGAGAAAAUCCAGGAAAUCACACAGAGACCACAGAAAAUGCUGCGAUAAAAAAUGACACAGAAAGAAAGUUUUGUUAUCAGCAACUUCCAGUUACCUUGAAGCUCAUAUACACUAUAUUGCAGGAAAUGUCAAGGUUUGAAGAACCAGACAUUCUUUUUAACAUGCUGAAUUGUCUGAAGAUCCUGUGUCUUCAUGGGGAAUGCCUAUAUAUAGCAAGAAAGGACCAUCCACAAUUUCUUGCCUAUAUUCAAGAUCACAUGCUGAUUUCAAGUUUAUGGGGAGUUGUGAAGUCUGAGUUCUCUCAGCUUUCUUCCCUGGCAGUCCCACUUCUUCUUCAUGCACUUUCGCUUCCCCAUGGAGCUGACAUUUUCUGGACAAUCAUAAACAGCAAUUUCAACAGCAAAGAUUGGAAGAUGAGAUUCGAAGCAGUGGAGAAGGUAGCUGUUUUGUGCAGAUUUUUGGAUAUUCACUCUGUGACAAAAAACCACCUACUGAAGUACUCCUUAGCUCAUGCAUUCUGCUGUUUCCUGACUGCUGUGGAAGAUGUCAACCCAGCAGUAGCUACAAGAGCUGGGUUAUUACUUGACACCAUAAAGAGACCAGCUUUACAGGGUCUCUGCCUCUGCCUUGAUUUCCAGUUUGACACAGUAGUCAAGGACAGGCCCACAAUUCUUAGUAAGCUUUUGCUACUUCAUUUUUUAAAAGCAGACAUUCCAGCUUUGAGCUGGGAGUUCUUUGUGAAUCGCUUUGAGACCCUGUCUCUGGAAGCACAGCUUCAUCUGGACUGCAACAAAGAAUUCCCUUUCCCAACAACUAUCACUGCUGUCCGGACAAAUGUCGCCAACCUCAGUGAUGCAGCAAUGUGGAAGAUCAAGAGGGCUCGUUUCGCGCGUAACCGUCAGAAGAGUGUGCGCUCCCUGAGGGACAGUGUGAAGGGACCAGCGGAGUCAAAGAGAGCACUCUCCCUUCCAGAAACCUUAACCACCAAAAUUCCUGUGAGCUUGACCAGACAUGAGCAGUCUGCACCAGCACUUGGAGGAACACCAGAGCAAACACCAGGACAACCCUCCCCAGAGAAUGAUAAUACGAUAAAAGACCUGCUGCCAGAGGAUGCUGGGAUUGAUCACCAGACUGUGCACCAGCUCAUUACGGUGCUAAUGAAGUUCAUGGCAAAGGAUGAGAGCAGCGCCGAGUCAGACAUCAGCAGUGCUAAAGCUUUCAACACAGUCAAGCGCCAUCUGUACGUCCUGCUUGGCUAUGAUCAGCAGGAAGGAUGCUUCAUGAUUGCACCGCAAAAAAUGCGUGUUUCAACAUGCUUUAAUGCCUUUAUUGCUGGAAUAGCACAGGUGAUGGACUAUAACAUUAACCUGGGAAAACACCUUCUUCCCUUGGUGGUGCAGGUGUUGAAAUAUUGCACGUGUCCUCAGCUAAGGCAUUACUUUCAACAGCCUCCUCGCUGCUCCCUCUGGUCCCUCAAACCUCACAUUCGGCAGAUGUGGUUAAAGGCUUUGCUCGUUAUUCUCUAUAAGUACCCCUACAGAGACUGUGAAAUCAGCAAGAUUGUACUGCACCUAAUCCACAUCACAGUCAAUACCCUCAACGCUCAGUAUCACAGCUGCAAGCCCCAUGCAACUGCUGGUCCUUUGUAUAGUGACAACAGUAACAUAAGCCGAUACAGUGAGAAGGAGAAAGAGGAAGACAGUGUUUUUGAUGAAUCUGAUAUUCAUGAUACACCAACUGGACCUUGCAAUAAAGAGUCUCAAACUUUCUUUGCAAGACUGAAAAGAAUUGGUGGCAGCAAAAUGGUGAAAUAUCAACCAGUUGAGAUGAAUGCUCAAAGAAGUGAAAUAGAGCUGGCUGAAUAUAGAGAGACGGGGGCCUUACAAGACAGUAUUCUACGCUGUGUGAGAGAAGAAAGCAUUCAGAAAAAAAAACUGCGCUCUCUAAAACAAAAAUCUCUUGAUAUAGGGAAUGCAGACUCCCUGUUGUUUUCAUUAGAUGAACAUCGCAGGAAGUCCUGCAUAGACCGGUGUGACUUAGAAAAACCACCUGUCCCUGCUGCUUAUGCCAUGCACAGGCAGAGCGAUUAUGGACGAUCUCGGCAGAAUUCUUCUACUAAAGCUGAAAAUAUAGAAACACAAGAAAGUCUUCCUCGUACAGAGAGUUUCCAGGAAACAAGAAGGCCCGUCAUACCAGAAGUUAGGCUAAACUGCAUGGAAACCUAUGAAGUAAAAGUGGACUCCCCAGUUAAACCUGCUGGUCCCAAGGAAGAUUUAGAUCUGAUAGAUUUGUCCUCUGAUUCAACAUCGGGUCCUGAAAAGCAUUCAGUGCUCUCCACUUCAGACAGUGACUCUUUAGUCUUUGAACCACUUCCUCCCCUUCGAAUAGUGGAGAGUGAUGAAGAAGAAGAAACAACAAACCCGCUGAACGAUGAGGUCUCUGGCAAAACUACUGUGUCAUCUCCUUCAACUCCUAUCAAUGUCUCUGCACUCAGCCUUAGCACAACUCCUCUGGUACAGUUCAGCAUUGAAGAUUGCUCCAAAGACUUUAGUUCUAAGGAUACAAGCAACAAUACUUCAUCAGGAAUCGAGGAGAUAAUUUCCACUUCUCCCAAAGAUCAAAAGGACUCUUCAGAGUUAGUUAAGCUGGAAGAACCUCAGGACAUGUCCUCUGGGAACCCACUAACACUGAAACAGAAGAGGGACCUGCUGCAGAAGUCAUUUGCCCUUCCAGAAAUGUCCCUUGAUGAUAACUCAGAGCUCAAUGUGGAGGAAAUUAGACCUAGUGGAACAAUUCCAAGCCCUAAUGUAAAGACAGUCCUUAUUAAAGUCCCCGAAGAUUCUGAAAAGCAAACAGAAAGUGAUAAACUUGAUACCAACACAGAGUCUGACACUGAACAAAACGCAGAGCAGAAACAAGAAGAGGAGACUGAGGAGUCAGAAUUUAAGAUUCAAAUUGUUCCUCGCCAGAGAAAGCAGAGGAAGAUUGCUGUGAGUGCUAUUCAGAGAGAAUACCUGGACAUUUCCUUUAACAUCCUUGACAAGCUGGGAGAGCAGAAGGAGUCAGAUCCUGCUGCCAAAGGACUUUCAACACUGGAAAUGCCGAGAGAGUCAUCAUCUGCACCGACCCUUGAAGCAGGUGUCCCAGAGACAAGCAGUCACUCUUCCAUAUCAACUCAGUUCAGACAAAUGAAAAGAGGCUCUUUGGGAGCUCUGACAAUGAACCAGCUAAUGAAGAGGCAGCUGGAACACCAGUCUAGUGCUCCUCACAAUAUCAGCACUUGGGAUACUGAGCAGAUACAGCAUGGAAAGAGGCUGUGCAAUGUUCCUGUUUGCCUAAACCCUGACUUGGAGGGACCACCACUAAGAAUCAGAGGUGCUACAAAAUCUAGCUUGCUGUCAGCACCCAGUAUAGUCAGUAUGUUUGUACCUGCACCAGAAGAAUUUGCUGAUGACCAGCCCAUUUUGAUGACUGACAAGUGCCAUGACUGUGGGGCUAUUCUUGAAGAAUAUGAUGAAGAAACACUAGGCCUAGCCAUAGUUGUGCUCUCAACCUUCAUUCACCUUAGUCCAGACUUGGCUGCUCCUCUGCUAUUGGACAUCAUGCAGUCUGUAGGAAGGUUGGCAUCAAGCACCAGUUUUUCUAAUCAAGCAGAAAGCAUGAUGAUCCCUGGAAAUGCUGCAGGUGUGGCCAAGCAGUUCCUCCGUUGUGUGUUCCAUCAGCUGGCUCCCAAUGGCAUCUUCCCUCAGCUCUUCCAGAGCAUUAUUAAAGAUGGAAGCUUUUUAAGGACCUUGGCCACGUCUCUUAUGGACUUCAGUGAGCUGAGUUCCAUUGCUGCUCUGAGCCAGCUCUUAGAGGGUUUAAACAACAAAAAGAAUUUGCCAGCAGGGGGGGCAAUGCUACGCUGUUUGGAUAACAUUGCUACCUUUAUGGAAGCCUUGCCGAUGGAUUCACCCAGCAACCUCUGGACCACGAUUAGUAAUCAGUUUCAGACCUUUCUUACUAAACUCCCAUGUGUUUUGCCACUUAAGUGUUCUUUAGACUCUAGUUUAAGAAUCAUGAUUUGCUUGUUGAAGAUACCCACCACUAGUGCCACCAGGAGUCUUCUGGACCCUUUUUCAAAAUUGCUAAGUUUUAUAAUUCAGAAUGCUGUCUUCACUCUGGCCUACCUGGUGGAACUGUGUGGUUUGUGCUACCGAGCCUUCACUAAGGAAAGGGACAAAUUCUACUUGACGCGCAGUGUCAUAUUGGAGUUACUGCAAGCACUCAAGUUAAAGUCACCCUUGCCAGACAUGAAUCUGCUGCUGUUGGUGCAGUUUGUUUGUGCAGAUGCUGGAACAAAACUAGCUGAGUCAACAAUCUUGCAUAAACAGAUGAUGGCCUCAAUGCCUGGAUGUGGAACAGCAGCAAUGGAAUGCAUGAGGCAGUAUGUUGGGGAAGUGCUGGAUUUCAUUGCAGAUAUGCAUACCUUAACCAAAUUAAAGAGUCACAUGAAGACUUGUUCUCAGCCACUGCAUGAAGACACGUUUGGUGGACAUCUGAAAGUUGGUUUAGCUCAGAUUGCUGCUAUGGAAAUCACUCGGGGAAACCACAGAGACAACAAAGCUGUGAUCCGAUAUUUGCCUUGGCUUUACCAUCCUCCUUCUGCAAUGCAACAAGGGCCCAAAGAGUUCAUAGAAUGUGUCUCACACAUUCGUUUGCUGUCCUGGCUACUUCUGGGUUCUCUGACACAUAAUGUUGUCUGUCCAAAUUCUCCAUCAUCUUGCAUGCCUAUUCCACUGGAUGCAGGCUCACAAAUUGCUGACCACCUUAUUGUUAUUCUGAUUGGGUUUCCAGAGCAAUCAAAGACAUCUGUUCUGCACAUGUGUUCCCUCUUCCAUGCAUUUAUAUUUGCUCAGCUCUGGACAGUGUACUGUGAACAAACAGCAGUAGCUCCGACAGUCCAGAAUCAGAAUGAAUUUAGCUUUACAGCCAUCCUUACAGCCCUGGAGUUCUGGAGCCGAGUGACACCGAGCAUCCUCCAGCUAAUGGCACAUAACAAAGUGAUGGUGGAAAUGGUGUGCCUGCAUGUGAUCAGUUUAAUGGAGGCUUUACAGGAAUGCAACUCUACUAUCUUUGUAAAGCUCAUACCAAUGUGGUUGCCAAUGAUACAGUCAAACCUAAAGCAUUUAUCUGCUGGACUACAGCUACGCCUCCAAGCCAUCCAGAGCAAUGUCAACCAUCACAGCCUAAGGAUGUUACAGGGGUCAGGACAAAUGAACAAUAGCUCGUCUGUGCUCCGCAAAUGGCUACAGUGUACCCAGUUCAAAAUGGCUCAAGUAGAAAUUCAGUCAUCAGAAGCUGCGUCUCAAUUUUAUCCUUUAUGAUUCGUGUAAUUUGUUCCAAAAUAUUAAUUUUUUAGCCUAGCAAUAACAGAGUUAGAGCUGUAAAAGACCUUUUGUAUAAGUCAGUAUACAGAGUAUAUACUGUAUCUAUACUUUUUAGCCUAGGACAGAUUGUGAAAAAGCUUAUAAUGGGUGAAGCUCAGAGCCUGAUCCUGCUAGUUUAUAAUUACAAUUACUCAGGAUCAACAGGUUCUAAGUCUGCAUUCAUGAGCAUAUAUUUGGAGGAUUGGACUCAAAUCUAUCACACUGUACAUAUCUCUCUGAUCAUUGAAAUAUCUUGUUCUUAAAUGUUUCUUUACAUUAUUUUUGAAGCUAAGACGAAAAUCACUUUUCUUUAACUUCUAUUUUUUUUAAAAAUAGAAUUGUGGGUAUUCACAAACAUGGAAGUGCUAUGUUGCUAUUUUUUUGACAAUAACAAAAUAAAACUGGGUUUUUAGGAACCUUUAUAGGAGUUUUUAGGGGGGGAUGUCUUUUUUUUUUUUUAGAUUCACAGCUGGCAAUGCAAUAAAAUCUGUCACUAUAAAACAGUGAUGUUCUAAUGAGGCUUUUUGUCAUCAUCUUCUGGGAAAACAGCAGCUUGUAAGGAGAGUUGUUAUGAAGUGCACUUAGAAAUUAGGUUGUUAAACUGUGCCAAUUCAUUCGUCUUUUUUUCAGUACGUUUUCCAAAACUGCCAAGUCUGAUUUAUAAUUCUUUGAAAUACUGCUUUUACUUCAUUGAUUCUCUGCUGCUCUUCUUUGUAGGUUUCAUAGAAGCCUUUUUAAUUUUGUGAUUACUGUAUUGUAUUCUUCUGUCAAUACUUGUAUACAGUGCAAUUAAAAAUGGAUAUCCCAGAUCUAUUCUUAUUGAUGUCUACAGAAUUUAUGUUGCAGACUUCAAGAGGAGCAUGAUUGGACCUGAAAUUUUGCAUAAUGGUAUUUACAAAUCCCAGCAUUUGCAUACUGCUGUAUUAAACAUGAUGUUUAAUAACAGAUGGAUUUUAAUAUUGUUAGGGGACUCAGCCAAAGCCCAUUGGAAUCUAAGGAGAAUCAAUUAACUCAGUGGAUUUUACAUAAAAUCUUGAAAGCAUCAUAGUUUACCACCUCUUGUAAUAAAUACUUAAAUCUGUGCAAUCCCAGUUGUAUUUUCUGUAUUUAUUCUGUAAUGCACUGAUUAGAAGAAUAACAAACAUUAAGUUGUAUAUUAGAAUGCUAUUAAAUCCCUAGUCCUUAUUACCA